CAUCGGAUUACCAGGCGGAGCAGCAGGCACCGGGCCCCCGGGCGGGGCAGCGGGCACCGGGCCCCCGGGCGGGGCGACGGGCGUCGGGCUCCCAGGCGGGGCGACGGGCGUCGGGCCCCCAGGCGGGGCGACGGGCGUCGGGCCCCCGGGCGGGGCGACGGGCCCCCGGGCGGGGCGACGGGCAUCGGGCCCCCGGGCGGGGCGACGGGUGUCGGGCUCCCGGGCGGGGCGACGGGCGUCGGGCCCCUGGGCGGGGCGACGGGCGUCGGGCCCCCGGGCGGGGCGACGGGCCCCCGGGCGGGGCGACGGGCAUCGGGCCCCCGGGCGGGGCGACAGGUCUCGGGCCCUCAGGCGGAGCGGCGGGCGCCGGACCCCCAGGCGGAGCGACAGGUCUCGGGCCCUCAGGCGGAGCGGCGGGCGCCGGACCCCCAGAUGGAGCGACAGGUCUCGGGCCCUCAGGCGGAGCGACAGGUCUCGGGCCCCCAGGCGGAGCGGCGGGCGCCGGACCCCCAGGCGGAGCGGCGGGCGCCGGACCCCCAGGCGGAGCGGCGGGCGCCGGACCCCCAGGCGGAGCGGCAGGUCUCGGGCCCCCAGGCGGAGAGCGACAGGUCUCGGGCCCCCAGGCGGAGCGACAGGUCUCGGGCCCCCAGGCGGAGCGACAGGUCUCGGGCCCCCAGGCGGAGCGGCGGGCGCCGGACCCCCAGAUGGAGCGACAGG